GCCGUCCCGAAGCAAACCCCGCGGGGGCUGUCCUCAGCUGAUUGUCAUUUAAUAUUUUGUUGUUUUAGAAUAAUUAUUAUUAUCGAUUAUCCACAGAAGAAUUUUAAACACACACACACACGACGCUCGUAGGUUUCAAUUGGUUAACGUGGACGUCGGCUUUGCUAUUCACGGCGGGGUUGUGACCGCGGGCUCGGCACGAACCUCGUCUGCUGUGAGUGGGGGCCCCGGGUGAGGUUGAUCCCUCUGGGAUGUGAGGUGAUGACCGCGACCCCGAGCCGGGGGAGCCGAGGCCUUGAGAGAAGAAGCGUGGGAUGUCACUGCUGGCUGGCCGCAGGUCCGUCCCGACCACAGAGGAGAAAACAACGGGCGAAACGACAGCAGACGAUGCAACGGUACGAGGUGGAAACAAGGAAGGAGGGUUCGGAAGCGAUGACAGAGAGAGAAUCGGAGCGGAUGAAGAGAAAGGAGAGGGAAGGCGAGAAGAACCACGGCAAGGAGAGAGAAGACGAGGAGGACCAUGUGGUGAAGAUGACGGUGGAGGAGGACGAGACUGCCAGGGACUGGGCGAGCGCUUCCUGUGCCGUCACUUCGCCCGCGGCGAGGGCUGCGUGAUGGGAGACGCGGGGCCAGAGAGCGAAGAUCAGGUCCUCGCCAGGGUGGUGAUGUUCUUGGCAGGUGUGCUGGGCAGAAUGGGCCACGGACCGCACCAACCCAUGCAGACCGAGCUCCGGGAGAUGGCAUUCACCUCGACAAAUUCUCAAGAUGUGAAGCCCGCGCUGGUGCUAUGCUCCCCGCCGCGGCUUCUCGCCUGGGCCGAAGCGCUGGAGAGGCGCGGCGCCGGCUGCCGGGCGGUGGUCGUGGAUGGUGCCGAGAGCGCUGGGGCCCUGGCCGGACUGCUUCACGGCGGCCGCCACCACGAGGUCGCUGUCGCUACGUACGCGACGGCACGACUUCACCUGCAUGAGAUGAACAGUGUGCAGUGGUCGAUGGUGAUUGUGGAGGAACCUCAGCAGCCGGGGGACCAGGAUGGGGAAGCCGAGCCGUGGCCCCCAAAGGGACAGGAGCAGCACUGCGACUCAGGGCCCCUUGCCCCACGUGAGGGCCCCUGGCCAGCGCAGUCCGGGCAUCACGCCGUCCCCCCGUGCCCCGUCGGUGCCAGCGCCACCUCCAACUUCCACAACCCCUGGAUACGGGACUGGCGCACGCUGCGUGCUAUACGGUGCCCCGUCCGCAUCGGACUAGCGGCCACCACCCUGAGGAGCAGUCUAGUGGAUCUGUGGAGCAUCGUGGACUGGGCGGUGCCCGGUAGCCUGGGCAGCAUUGGAGAGUUCCGCGAGGAGUUCGCGUCGCCCAUCGAGACGGCACGCCGGCAUUCGGCCACCGGGCGCGAGCGACGCCGUGCCCAAGUGGCCACUGCGGGCUCUUGCUCGCCGUCUGUUCCCACACCUCCUCCUCCCCUACUGCCGCCGCCGGUGGACUUCCACCGAAGCCACCACCGCCACGCGGCACCACAGCAGCCAGGUGACCCGAUUCCCACGCGUUUCAUGGGAAAUCUACACCUGCCAUCCUCUUUGCUCACAAACUCUGGCUUCGUAAGUGAUGGUUUGUGCUACGCACGUAGUCUGGGGUGCGGUCAAUCACAGGCACAGCCUCCAAGGCUGGGAACACGGCUCCAGAGUCAUGUGGCACAGUUGAAAGAAAAACAAAUUGCGUCAACGAAUCUAAUGUAAGAUGCAUCAAACGCGAUAUCCAUCAAGUGAGAACAGAAAACUGACUUCCACAUAAGAGUAGUUCUUCCGAGUAGGUGAGCAGACGAGUCUCAAGCUACGAGGCUAGGUUCUUGCUGAAGUCUGCGCCCUCCAGGCCAGCUAGUGGAGGCAGUGUUUCCCGGCGCGUGUUUCUGUCUCGGUAAUCCCGGUGCAUCUCCUGUCCGCUCCGAGUAGUGGGAUUCCCUGCCCCCGCUACCAGUGUUAGCCAUGAGUGGCGGCAGCACAAAGGCAUCUCGCUCGCGGCGCUCUCGCACACGAAUUUAAAUCGGCGUGGUUCUCGGUGAUUAAUACAGAGCGGUCAUUUCCGAGUGCAGUUAACCGUGGAUUCUUCUCCACUUGGGGGGUAAAUGGGCCACACGAUGUGUAGGAGAAGCCAGCAAAUUUACCCUUCCACAAAAACAACUUGAAUUGCUUGUUUUAAUCAGCGAGGGCUUUAACAACGAGAAGUUUGUUUUGGCUGCUCGUCGCAUUUAGGUGCACAAAAAGCGCCGUGGCCCAAAAGAGCGGCGGCGAACGGGAGAGUUUGCGAUGCUCACACCAUAAACAAGGACGGUAACAUAAACACAGUGCGGCCCCGCACGCACUGGGGCAGUCUCUCCCAGCUCGCUCGCACAUGCACGUGUAGUGGGCACAGGCGGUGGUGGCUGUGCGUGUGCACGUGUGUGUGCGCGCGUGUGUUGUGUUGGGAAGAAAGGAGACCACCCAGGCAUUCUCCCGCUGCCGAGCCACCCAGCCUGCCCCCACACUCUCCACCGACUCCCUCCCACCCUCCCCCCCCCCCACCCACCACAUCCCCCACCAGCUCAGAGCCAGGUUUACCAAGUGCACUUCCUGAGCUAAUAAAUCCAGCAGCCGGUGGGACAGCCGGGAGCCAUGGUGGGGCAAAAGGUGGGGCAUCUGGUGGGGCAAACGGUUGGGAGAUGGGAAGAAGAUGCUGGGCACAGACCCACAUCGUCGGGCCCAGGUGGCGCGUGGAGGGCGACUGGGGAUGGGCGAGCUGAGGAGCGGCGCGGGCUGUGUGAUUAAACGCCCGCUGUGCCGAGGCUGGGGAUCCAUGCUGGACUCCGUUUAUUUCUCCCCUUCUCCCACAAGUGCUUUUAAUCACAGUCGAGCAAAGGCUGCCUGCGCCAUUAAUUAGAAAACACAACAAUGAAAUGUCAGACUCAUACUUUUCAACGAGCAUAUUUUUCUUUUUUUCUCUCUCUCUUCACUUUAACAGCAUUUCCUUUUGUUGUCCUGGCUCGGAGCGACUUCACUUUGUGACGAAAAGUUUGGUUUUCUCUCUUUCCCCCCCAUCACUCACUGCUGUCAUUUAAUCCAACGUUGCUCCUGGUAAAGGGCAGUCGGAUUCACUGAGAUUUUUUUUUUCUGCUCACGAUGACGUCCUGGACAAGCGCGCGUGGCGGUCACGCUCCGUGUGACCGCUCAACGUGCCCUGGGGAGUUGCGCUGUUGUUAAAAGGACAUUGCGGUCCCCCAGGGUGGUCGCGCCCAGCAGUGGAGCAUUGACUCUAUAACAGGAAUCAAAAGUCAACGUGUCUUCCUGCUCAAACAAGUAAAGGGGCAGCACUGGCAGCCCUGAGCCAGUUUUGAAAUGUUUUUCUUUGAUGUAGCAGUGGCCAGUAUUUCUAAGGGUCUUUGCUCACAAGAGCAAAGACCCUGAGCCAGUGUUGAAAACGUCAUGUUCUCAUGGCAGUGACCAGUGUCGCUUCUCACAAUGUGGUACUCAUUUUAUGAUCUUAAGUCCACCGCUCACUCGACUCGGCUGUACGGUUCAAUUAUAUUUAUAUCAGUGUGCUCUGGCCAGAAAAAAACUUUACCGAGUCUCAAGACACAUUUUCAGGAGGGUCCUGUUUGGCAUUCUUUCCCGGAGGGAACCAGAAUUUCUCAAAUUUGUGCACGCAAUAAAAGAAUGUGAAAGGCAUGGCUGCUUGUGCAAGCCGUAUCGUUACGGUAUUUUUAUUUGGCCGAAACCUGUUUUUUACACGCACACAACAGGUGCCAAUUUUCCCGGUUUGUAAAGUUCACAUUACAGCUUUCAGGGUGCAGCAUUGGCCCUGCGCCAGGUGUGGUCUAAUUCUAACCCACGUGCGUGCCCCAAUUUACAUCUGCUCAUUUUUUAGUUUCCAUUGUAAAAUGUAAAGCAUGUGGUUGCAUUGUUUCCUCGGGCGACAGCCUUACUCGUGGCCACAAUUGCUCGUGUUUUAUUCUGCGGAACAGGACGAAGAACGAGCUGGGGACGCUGGGGAGACGGUGGCGUGCGGCAGGGCUAUCGGCGGGGAGCAGUGGGCGCGACGGGCGCCGGUGGUGGCGGUGCUCGCGGCAGUGGCAGACCCUUGCUGUGACAGCACCAGCAGUGACAAAGGGGUCACCCACUCAAUCGUAACCGCGCAGGUUCAUCUCUCAGAUCGACUGCAGCAGCCCAGCCUGCCGGGCUCGGGCCGAUUCACAUCCUUCCUUGAAGAGUUUGCCGAGUUUUUCGAAAUGAGUGGCGAAAUCGCGGGAAGUGCAUCCUCCGAUAAUUCGUGUAGCGAUUCCGACAAGGAAACGGGUGCCCGCCAGAGUGACCCGGACGAGCCACGUGGAGUUGGUUGGCCGCAACGUUUGAGCCGGCGUGUUGACGGAAUCUGCGUUACUUCCACCUCGAAGCUCACAGAGAAUCUAGUCCCCGAGAGUCCGGUUUCAUGUGUCGCUGAAACGAAAAGCAGCCAUGAAGGUGGCAGCAGCAGUUUAGAACAGCAGAGCAAAGAGCGGGACAUUAUUUCUGCUGUACCAGACACGGGCGAUACAUCCAGUAACAGUGAGAGGGAGCGUGCGUCACCGGCAAAGGAAAAUUGCGCAUUUCAACGUAACCCUGCGCACAAUGCCGCAGCGCUAAAACAGAGUGUCGACAGACCAAGAUGUCAACGCAAAACUUCAGAAGGAAGUCCAUCCAAACUGAAGAUCGCGAGGCACAGGCAGCGGAGCUCUGUGGCUGGGGAGGUCAGCGAGGAGUCGGACAACAUCGGCAUCUCCUCGUCAGACGAGCUUGUUAUGCCGGCAGCUGCGAGGAGGACUGGAGGAGUUUCCGUUCAAGCCGGGGCAUGGGUUGCACCCAGACAAGCAAAGAGGAUCGUGUUUGAAGGGGAAACCCCGGAGAUCAAAGCCUUCAGUUUGUCAUCUGAUGAAGGUGGCGUCACCACGGCGGUUCGGGCGGAUGUCCGAAGUGACAACCCACUCGGCACAGACGCCACCCCGGACGACGUGCGGCAACGCACUGAGCCCCUACUUCCGCACAGCGACCGCCGGACACAGCAGGAGGCGGUGGCUGCCGCAGGGGGAGCCCCCAUUGCGGACUCUGAGUCAAGAACCCUCAAAUGGAAGGGCGUUCCUGUGACGAUCGGACAAACACCAGACACCAUGCGUAGGGAGCAUUUCGAGGCAAUGGCCAGACACCGUGGCCUGGAUUCCGUGCAGGAUCUGGCCACGCUGAUUCUGCACAGCGACAGGGAGGGACGUGUGAAAAUCAUGCAGGACUUCUACACCUCUCGCCACCCCGAGCUGUGCGACGUCCUCACCGAGCUGUACGCCACAGGCGUGGAUCCUCGUGGCGAGAAGCCUCCGAGAGGCAAACCCCCUCGAGCACGCAAACCAAGGCACGGCGCUCCGCUGACCUACGACAGCAGCUCGGACUCGGACGAUGUGCAAGAAACAAGUUGCCGAACUCGUCACAGGGUGGCAGUUGCCCGGGGUUUUGAGGACGAGGUCCAAGCAACCCGAAAAGCGUACACAUGUGUUCUUGGUGAUAACAAGCCCAAAUUUGUUCCGAGUUCUGUGACAACAAAGGAGGCCCCUGAGCAGGAACGAGGUCUGAUUUGCUCAUCAGCUGACCUGACCGGGUCAAAACAACAGCUUCGCAACAGCCGUGUUUUCUGCAGCAGCGGCAGGCAAGGUUUGACUUCGUUAUCGAGUGACGCUACUGUUGAGACAGGAGCAGCAGCAGCCAGAAGUUCCACGGACGACCUCUCCGAAUUACUCGGGGACACGUCAAUCCUGGCUGAUUUUUUCGGGCACAGGCGGGGCAAGGGGGACGCCAGAGGUAGGGGUUGUGGGAGAAGCAGAGGGCGGCCCGGCGGGGGUGAGGGGAAGCGGGCAUCCACAGCUGCACUGGAGCCGGGCCCAGUAGUGAAGGUGCGUGCAAAGCGGAGGGACUUCCUGGAUGAGAUCCUGAGUGGCGAUGGUGGCGCUGACAGUGUGGAGCAGUUGAUGGACCCAUCCAGGGUGGAAGCCAUGACACGACCCGGCCUCCUCCACCGAAACAAGGCCACCGCCGGGGGGCGGGGGGAGUGCUAUGACCCCUGGGACACGGCGCUGUGGAAGAAGAAUGAGAGUUUCUUCCUGAAGCGUGGAGAUUCCUGAAAGCUACACGUGUCGAUUUUCAUGAUGGCCACAGAGAAAAAAAAACCUGCAGUUGUGACUUUACUUAGCAACAGGGAGCCGAGGUUUAGGUCGCGGCUUAAGCACGGCAUUGAGGUUUGUGGCUCAGGUCCAGCAAAUAUGAAAUGAGUGCUUUUGUAAUGAACUUGCCUGUGGCUUAUGGUGAGUAAUAAUAUAUAAUGGGAUUUAAAGUGUAAUAAUUAAGCAGGCAUGUUAAACAUUCUUUGCCACCCAGCAGCAUGCAUUUUUCGAAUAGCUAAUGAAAUGCACAUCGCUCGGUGAAGUUGCUGUGCGUUUAACUCGUACGCUCCAUGACCAAUGUUAUGAUUCAGAAUUUUUUUGGGGGGUUGGAUCGCAUGAGUCCAUUUCUAAUGUGUGUUGUGCACCCUCCUCGACCCGACAGCCAAGUAAAUACAAUUGUCAAGUGAACAAACACACCGUUAUUUAAUACUUCAGCUCACCGGUAUGUUCAGGUGCAAUCCAAAUUGUUGAAGGUUGUUUGCUCACCAACAUACCGCUGUGCUGGAGCAAUAAAAUGUGGCCCGUUUGUUCACGUGACCGCCUUAUUUGGCGGGUAGAGGCGAGCCUACAUUUCACAUUGGCAUUUUACUCGCACGACGAUCUGGCCCAAGAAUCAACGAUGGAUUGCGCAUUUAUCACUUCGUUUGCCAAGGCAGGUGGUUGAUGCCAGGAAAAAUCCAAGCUUAGUUUGGGCCUAAAUCCCAGCAUGCUGUAGCCCAGGUACCGUGGGUGCUGGUGGUGCAAAAGCACCGGAACGCGCCUCCAAGCUUGCACACAAGAUAUACACCACGUGACUUCAGUAGUAUUCUUAAUUUUAAUUGCCCUCUUAGAAUAAAAAAUUUAAAUGUAAAAUAAAUAAUCUUGAAAAAGAACAACAGUCUAGCUUAAUUACUGCAUUGAACACCAUACAUGCUACGUUUUAAAAUGUUUCUAGAAAUAAUGUGGUGUACACCUAAAUGACGUUUUAGAGGUAAUAAUUUUUAUGUAACCAGUCAAUAAGUAGUAUUUAAAAAAACUUUUUUAAAAACACGCUUUUAUGAAAUGUACUAGUAAUGGAAGAACUCCACGACUCCGGGAUGUGGCCCCGAAGCUUGCCAUAACGUAAGGGACCGUGGCUAAUUACAGCCAACGUAAGUUGACCGUGGACAAUUAGACCCAAGCCGAAACAUAAAAUAUAAAAAAGAAUGUUUAAAAAUAUCUAUUUUUCAUGAUAGAAUAUAGUAUUGUGAUCAGUAUGACAAGAAGUAUACCAAGUUUGCAGUCGAUACCACAUCGGAAAGUGGGUUAAGAUUGAGUUACAAGAUUUGAGGAUACAACAACGACAACAACAACAGAGUGAGUUCAAUGAAAGCGUGUAAAAAAAAUCACUUUUUAAAUAAAACUAUUUUAAUUAA